CGGCGAUGGCGGCGACAGCGGCGGAGCGCGCGGUGCUGGAGGAGGAGUUCCGCUGGCUUCUGCACGACGAGGUGCACGCCGUGCUCCGGCAGCUCCAGGACAUCCUCAAGGUAACGCCUGCGGGGCCUCCAGCUGGCGCGGAGCCCGGGCCAACGCGCGCGGUGCGCACCCAAAAGGAGGCCUCUCUCCGCUUCACGCUGUCCAGCACAGGCACCGAGGGACCAGCCAAGCAAGAGAACUUUAUCCUGGGCAGCAGUGGCUCCGACCAGGUGAAGGGCGUGCUAACUCUUCAAGGGGAUGCAUUGAGCCAGGCGGACGUGAACCUGAAGAUGCCCCGGAACAACCAGCUGCUGCACUUUGCCUUCCGGGAGGACAAGCAGUGGAAGCUGCAGCAGAUCCAGGAUGCCCGGAACCACGUGAGCCAAGCCAUUUACCUCCUCACCAACCGGGAGGAAAGCUACCAGUUCAAGACGGGUGCCGAGGUCCUUAAGCUGAUGGACGCGGUGAUGCUGCAGCUGACUCGAGCACGGAACCGGCUCACCACCCCGGCCACGCUCACCCUGCCCGAGAUCUCGGCCAGCGGCCUCACGCGCAUGUUUGCCCCUGCCCUGCCCGCAGACCUGCUGGUGAACGUCUAUAUCAACCUCAACAAACUUUGCCUGACAGUCUACCAGCUACACCCCCUACCUCCCACCUCCACCAAGAACUUCCGCCCAGCUGGAGGUGCCGUGUUGCACAGCCCGGGGGCUAUGUUCUCUGCCAGCAGCUCAAGGACAAGAUUGCGGUCUUCUCCAGCUACGGGAGCUGCAGACCCUUCUGAGCAGAAUGCCUGGGAGCCUGCUCCACUGCACCCAGAUCCAACCAUCCACCCCUCAGCCCCGUGCGCCACUGAAACCAGGAGCCAGGGCACUGCCCACUAUUUAUUCCCCUUUGCCCCCGCCCUGGAGGGGUCAGGAGGCCCACAUUCCAAGCCCUGCCCUCCACAGGGACCUUUGGAGCCAGGGUGAGGCUGGCCAGCUCUCCUUUUCCUUUUCCUGCUGAGCUAUCCCCAGGGCCCAAGGUGGCUGUCCUCCAGCCACAGGGCUAGGGGGCUGAGCUGGACAGGUGGCCUGGCUACACGUCGAUGCCCAUGACCCCUGAGAAAUAAAGAGCAUUGGACUUUA